AUGUUAAUUACAACCACCACGACCGCGACAGAAGAAGCCAGCUACCUCACUCGCUCUGAGAGUUCUGACAACAACGAGAUACCUCGUCAAGCUUCCCAGUGUCUGCCUUUAGUACUGCCCUGGGGUCGAACUCCGAUUCGACUAGGUACAACAUUCCAUUCCCGCCUCCAGUCUACGGAAAACCCCUGGUCCGAUGAAACGCCGUUCGUGCUCUCUGACAUCCAUAUCAUACCGAAAGAGUUGUAUUUCGAGUAUGGGACAAACUCGACCUUCAAGAAAGUAUCCACCUCCAGAAUUAGUGAGACAGGAGAUCACUUGAGCCUAGGAUUUGGCGUGGGUGUUGGGCUACCAUUCGUUGCGAGCCUCAGUGUCAAAGGGACGUUCGAUCAGCACAUACAGGAGAACAAAGACUCUGAUAAGAUAUCGAUCCAUUCUUCUUGCCGCGCUGGCACUGUCGAGUUACAGCGGCAACCGCGACUCACGAAAGAGGCUAUCAUCGAGAUCAAAUAUGGCGGCGGGUACGAAGGCCUGUGUAAAAGAUAUGGUGACUACUAUGUCGCUGGCUACCGUCUCGGUGGUGACACUGGUAUUUUGAUGAGCGCUUCAGGCCAUACGAGAGAGCAGAUCGACAGAUACGGCAUCAAGGCCACUGUCACAGUGCUCUUCGUCUCCGCCAGUAAGACAUGGACGAAGGACUUCAGGACCUUCACUCAAGGGCGGCAAUGUAAAUUGCUGGGCUACGACACGAUUGACAGUAUGACAUGGAAGCGUGCCAGUGCCUCAGGAGACGAUGUCGUGGGACUAGCAAAAGAGGCAAUCGCUUGGGAAGCAUACAAUCCUGCCAAAGAUGCCAACACACUGAGAGCAGAUGCUGAUGCAAUCAUAACACGUUCAGAGAACAUGCUAGAGAGAGUCUGUAGUAUUCUGGACAGGCAUGGGUAUCGCAAUGGCGAAAGCCUGACGUUCGUGCAAUGUGAAGAGCUUGUGAAGGAGGGGAUCGUAGUCGAGCUGUUACUAGAAUCUAUGUCUCGACUACGGGAUGUGAUUAGAUGGCGAUUGGAAACGGACGUAAUCUGA